AUGCAAAUACUUUGGUUGGUCAAAUUUUCUUAUGUUUUUAAAUGGAACAUUUUUAUUUUAUUAGACAAAACUCGGGGUUGUGAUUAUAUUUAUUCAUUUUCUUUCAGUGCAAUUGCUGUUGUACAGUACAUACUCAUAAAUAGUUAUUACAAAAUGAUGAAAGGACUUUCACUUGUAGAUAAAUUGCUUCCUUUAUGGAUACUAUUGUUUAUGACAGCUGGUAUCCUAAUUGGUUACUAUGUACCAUCGGUAGAAGAUGCAUUCUCUCGAUCCACUCUAGCUAGUGUUUCACUUCCAAUCGCAGUUGGGUUACUCUUGAUGAUGUAUCCUGUGUUUUGUCGUAUACACUAUGAGAAGUUGGCAAGCAAGUUUGUCAAAGACAGAAGCUUCUUUAUCAGACAAAUCGGUGUGUCUUUGGUGGUCAAUUGGAUCGUUGCACCUUUGGUGAUGGUCGCAAUUGCCUGGGCGACACUACCAGACCUCGUUCACUACAGAAGCGGUGUCAUCUUGGUUGGUGUAGCGCGUUGCAUUGCAAUGGUUCUCAUUUGGAAUCAUCUUGCGAAAGGAAACGAUGAGUUUUGCGCGCUGGUUGUUGCCAUUAACUCUGUCAUCCAAAUGUUCUUCUAUGGUCCAUUAAGUUACUUCUUUGUUGUUAUUCUUGGAGGUGGCAGCAAUAUUCACAUCAACAUGUGGACUGUUAUACGUAGUGUCUUAAUCUAUAUGGGCAUUCCAUUGGUUGCUGGUAUCCUAACUCGUUUCAGCUUCAAGCGGUUCGCAUGGUAUGAGCGAUACUAUCUACCUGAAGUCGGUAGGAUGUCACUACUUGCAUUACUCUAUGUUAUCAUUGUUAUGUUUGCUAUUCAGGGUCGCCAGAUCAUCGAUAACAUUGGUGAGGUUAUAAGAACUUCAGUGCCGCUGCUCAUCUACUUUAUGGUAAUGUUUACUUCGAUCUUUGUCUACUGCUACAAGACUCAGGUUCCCUAUGAAAUUGCUGUACCACAAUCAUUCACAGCCGCCUCGAACAACUUUGAAUUGGCAAUUGCAGUUGCUGUUGGAACGUAUGGUAUUCAAUCGAAGGAAGCACUCGCAGCAACCAUUGGUCCUCUCAUUGAGGUUCCAGUUUUAGUUGCUCUAGUCUACGUCGCUCUCUUUAUUCAGAAGCGUUGGUAUCACAAGAUUAAAAAAUCUAGCGAAAAUGGUAAUCAGUUGGAGGAAACUGUACAGCAACAAGUGUUUCAACAACCUGAUAAAGAGGAAAAUGUCAGGUGUUGCCUUGAUAAUAAUGAGUGCUGUGAUAUUCCAUCAAUUCCACCAAAGGAAUCGAUACUGAGAAAUAGAAAGAAAAUCAUAUUUGCCUGUGUUCAUAAUGCCGGUAGAUCACAGAUGGCAGCUACAUUCUUUAAACUUCACAACCGUCACACUGACACUGUCGGUGUAUCGGCAGGUACUAAUCCAGCGGACCAUGUCCAUCCUGUUGUGCAAGAGACCAUGUCAGAGCUUGGCAUCGACCUUUCCAGCAAUGUACCUAAAAAGUUAACAAAAGAGUUGGCAACUGAGUCAUGUAUGAUUGUCACAAUGGGUUGUGAAGAACAGUGUCCCUAUGUACUAGGUGUUAAAAUAGUAGACUGGCAUAUUGAAGAUCCAAAGAAUAAACCAGCAGACCAAAAUAAUGUCAGAGAACAUAUCAAUGACAAGAAGAGGAUGAAAACAAUUGCCGUUACCCUUUGUAUUUCAAAAGUUUCACUACUUUAUCAUCCAAUGAAUUGGCUCGUUGUUAAAAAUUGGUGGAACAUCGUCAAUAACUACUUGAAACAAAUUCAUUAUCUCAACUACAAAUAA